ACUCCUGAUUUAGUUCUGUUCUGUUUAGUUCCAUUCCACAGGCCGGCAAGGGAACUGUGUUCCGCUUCCAGGGGUCUAUACCAAAAACUAAAGGGCUGUAGAGAAAGAGAAGAUUUAUUGUCCAGCACAGUGGAAUAUAGUGGACACAGUGGCUCCUCAGACCAACAGCAGCCCUGUCAUCUCAGUCUCUUCUUCCCUUCUCCCUCCUGCUGUGUGUCAGUCUGCCUUGAUUGUGAAGUCUUUCCCCCUCCUCUUUUCUAUCUACCAUCUCUUCUUCAGUCUGGGUCUACUUUCCACUGUCUCUGUCUCUGUCUCUGUCUCUGUCAUAGCCUACCUGCAGUAUCACUGAGCUUAUCUGGUGACGGAGUAAAGACAGUAUGUGUUGCACGGGGAAGUGUUCUCGUCUGGUGGGCCUGAUCCUGUUGCCCUCAGCGUUCGCCUGCAUCAUCUCCAACAUCCUCCUGUUCUUCCCCGACGGAAAGCAGCAGGACAGCAGCCAUGUCUCCCUGCAGGUCUGGCUCAUGGGCGGCCUCAUCGGAGGGGGAAUAUUCAUGCUGUGCCCCAGCUGUUCGGCUAUCAGGGCAGGGGGCAAGGGUUGCUGCGGAAAUGGUUGCUGUGGAAACCGUUGCAGAAUGCUGAACUCUGUCUUCUCGGCUGCUUUCGGUUUGGUCGGAGCUAUCUACUGCACCAGUGUCUCUUCAGCGGGACUGGCCAUUGGACCUAAAUGUCAGGUUGCUAGUGGAAAAUGGGAAUACCCCUUUGAGGACCUACCAGGUGGGAACAGAAGUUACCUGUUUGACCACUCCCUGUGGGAACUGUGUGUGAUCCCUGCCAAUGCGGCGCUGUGGCACCUGGUCCUCUUCUCCAUCACCCUGGGCCUGGGGGGCCUGCAACUCAUCCUCUGUGGCAUCCAGGUGGUCAAUGGCUGCAUCGGCUGCUUCUGUGGGGACUGCCGUGACGACAAGGAGGAUGAUGGUGGAUUGUGAGAUGGAGAGAGAGAAGAAGUAGAGAGGACUGCCCUGCAAUGCUACAGCCUAUUUCCAUGAUGACUAGUUCUGAGCGAUUAGUGCUUUUUCAGGUCGGUUCAGUUUCGGUUCGAUUAUAAAAAAUUAUUGUGGUUUUUGAUUUUGCGUUCGAUCAUAUAAUACACUAUACGUUAUGUGUGUUGAAUGGUAUAACAACACAGAAUAUAACAAUUAAUAAAAGUCCCAUGAUGGUAGUGACGGUCCAUUACUGCUUAUUACUUAUUAACCAUCAUUUAUUCACUUUACUUUAUGACUUAAUUAUUUCAUUCCAAGUCAUCAUCUCUGUAGCUGCCUAUGCUGUCUGACAAAAUCACUAUUUGAGUAGUUCUUCAAAGUAAAGAAGGCAUACUUUUAUGACUGCUGAAUGCCAACUAUCAUACUUAGAUCAUGUAUUUUCAGGCUCGCGAAGCAACUGCUUUCUAUCCGUCUCGAUAGCACUCACGUUCUCUCUUCUCUGUCUCCCAGUCUUCGUGUCUUGCUCCGCACAGACCGGACAAGUUUAAGCAGGCACGCAAUGGAUUAUGGUCAUUGUAAUUAAUUACGACGUUUUCUGCGCUAAACUAUGUAGAAUAUUGGCCUGUUGGAAACUACAACUCCCUACUACAUCGCACAGUUCAGGCUUGAUCUGAUUUAGCUCUACAGAAACUGCACAUUGAGCUCACAGAAAAAAACUGAACUAAAUGGAAUUCAAAUAAUUUAACCGACGUCGUUCAAUAAGUUGUUUAAAAAAAAAUAAAAAAUAAAAAACAUUUUGGUUAAUCGCUCAGUACUACUGAUGACAUACCAGUACCAGGACUGCCAAUCACUUACUACACAACUUUUUUUUUUUAAACUGCCUAUCUGCCAGGAGCUUUCCCUUUUAUGUUUGAAGCAUAUUGUCUGCUUUUGAUACUUUUGAUAUGUUCAAAUAAAGCCAAUGUGCCAUAUCAA